AUGGAGCCCGACUCCACAUACAUAGGAUGGAAAGCCAUUGUUGUCAGCGCCCUCUUCAUCCCCAUCCAGGUGGUUUUUGUUGUUUUGCGAUUCUGGGCGCAACGCCUUAGCAGAAAGAGCUAUGACUGGGACGAUUGGCUUGUUAUAGCCUCUCUUCUUACCCAAAUAGUCGCAUCUGCAUUAGCCAUAGGCGUUGUGUUGCAGGGAGGAGUUGGCUACCACAUUGAAUACCAUGCCGCGCAUGACCCCGAGAAGAUAACCAACUAUUUCAAGUAUCUUGUGGCCAUCUCCAUCUGGUAUACGAUGACAAUGAGCCUCGCCAAGCUCGCUAUUCUUGUCGUGUACCGACGAUUGUUCCCGCAACGACUCAUGCACAUCAGCGUCUGGAUCGUUGCUGUCAUUCUCAUUCUGCAGAGUAUUGUCGGGACCAUUCUUCUCUUUGUUGUUUGUCGGCCGUUUUGGGUUAAUUGGGGGCCGCUGGAAAUGCAACAGACCCAUUGCUUCGACAAGAUGUCCUUGUUUCUCUGGAUCAGCUUGCCAAACAUCAUCACCGACUUGGCCUUGAUUGCCCUCCCUCUUCCUAUUAUAUGGAAGCUGCAGCUAUCCAACAACCUCAAGGCCGCGUUGACUGUCACGUUCCUGAUUGGGGGCAGCGGUCUUGUCGCAUCAAUCAUGCGAUUCAGGGAGUUUGCCAGCAACCACUUAUUCCCCGACGUUACUUGGAAUGCCGUCGGACUUGUCAUUUGGACUGUGGUGGAGCCCGGAAUUUAUCUCAUCUCUGUCUCCAUGAUGAUGUAUCGCCCGCUGCUCGAACGCGUGGUACGUACAGCAAAGACCACGGUAUCACAGCGGAGUACAGGAAACAGAAUGGGGAUGUCAUCAAAGUCUGACGGGCUGGAAUUGACAGACAGAACCCAAACCAGCAGUCACCGGUUCGAACGGCUCCAUGGAGAGAAUGACGAGGAGGCUCUAAGGCCAACUUAUUAUCACCCAGGGCAGAUUGAGGUCAGAAAGGACAUCGUGGUGACCAGAUCGUAA